AUGGAUGAGGAAAUGAAUGGAGGAGGCGAAGAUGGGAGUUCGUCGGGAUGCAGCGGAGACGAUGAAAGCAGCGCAGAUGAGAGGGGAGGGGAGCCUCCGUGUGACAUUGGGAUCCUGGAAAGGCUCAUAAGGACCCAUCCCAUCUGGUAUCUGCCUGGCAUCCAGCGCUCCGGGGCUGUCCAUCUGCUUCAGGGCAAGGAAGAAGGGACGUUUAUCGUGCGGGAGUCGAGCAAACCGAGCACGAUGGCGAUCUCUGUGAGGCUGCCGGUGGAGAAAGGUCCGUACAUCGAGCAUUAUCUCAUCGAAUGUCAGGAAGGGAAGCUGAGCCUGGAGACGUCGACCAAUCUGUUCCCCAAUAUUCCCAGCCUCAUCGCACACUACAGCCAGUGCUGCGAUGAGCUCCCCGUGGCAUUGUGUCUCCCGCAUGUUCUCAUGACGGCCACCUCCAGACAAGAACUCGCAUCUCUUGCCCUUCUCGGACAAGAGUUCUGGGGAUCUCGGCUGGCAUCUGCACCGUCGACCCCAGUCUCGCUGCCGAGUUACAGCCUCGAGAGCCUGAACCAAGUGAGCAUGCAGGCUCAGAUGAGCAACAGCCAGAGCCAGCCCAGUCUGUCGACCUUCACGCGACGGGGACAACGUGCGCUCAGCAGCAGCCAUUCCAGUCUCAGCAGCUAUUCGAAGGGCCAGUAUCCGUCGGAGGAUCAGGGACACCUCACGACAAGCCAGUCCAGUCUGAGCAGCUUUGGGGGGAGCCAGGACAUCAUCAAAGUCCAGAAGCCCACUCAUCUGGCGCUGACCAAGACUUUUUCAUCGGGUCCUCCUUUGAGUCCUCUGGUCCUCAACCUUCAGCCUUUGAGUGAAGAAGGUGAUAGCCCGCCUGCCAUGUCGACCUUCAAGGGCAAGGUUGGUAGCCCCAUGACGCCAGGAUCUGGAAAGGUGCCCCCUCCACCACCUCCAAGAUGGUGUACUGCUUCCAACAAUACAUACAACAUCCCGAUGUUCAACAACACUGAAGCUAAGGUGGAAUUGCGCCCAGAGGAGUUCAGCUUGGAUGCCUCGCGUCAACAUGGAAUCAUCUCUCAACUCACCAGUGUCCAAACGGAACACAUGCUCUCCAGUUUCAAGUGUGUGUUUAAUGACUCAAAUCAUGUUUCAGCACUGUUGAGUCCCCAGGUGGAAGUGAAUGGGAAUCAAACCAGUGGAACCAAGGAAGAAGUACGAAAAUUAGGCAGCAGUAAGCGGCGAAAGAAGAAGAAAUCCACUCACUAUAGUGAGUCUGAUAUCUCGGACAUAGUGGAGUCUCCUGUGACAUAUUACAGGAGUUCCCUUGCCGACAGGAUCAGCGAUUAUGAGGAUUUAUGGAGCAAUGAUGCUCCUGCAGCACCCCCACCUCCAAUACCAUCACCAGCACGUCCGGAAUUGUCCACCUUCCGCUCUCCAAGAGUGCCACAGAUGCCUUUGCCGUCGACGAAUCAGGUCGAGGAGCGAACGCGUGCCUUGUCCAAGUCUGAGAGCAGCCUGACAGAUUCGUAUCGACUUGGUGAAACGAAGGAGGAGACUGAAGAGAAAAAGGAGACAGAGAUCAUUAAAAGACCUCUGGUCCCCACCCCCAGUCCCUUGUAUGCUGAGCCAGUAGAUGCAGUGAACGAAAGGGAGAAGUUCAUGCUGGUGGUGAAACGAGUGAGAAAAGGAGGACCGAGGCCAAGACUGCACCGGCAUUCAGAUCCCAACAUUCGAUUACCCCAACUUCUUCUGGAUUUGGAUCGUGGGGGACUCGAACCAAUCAUGGCUUCCAGUCAGGAGGAACUCCAGAAUCUUUCAGCCAGCAUGGACAACCUUCUGGACUUCAAUAAGCCAAAGGUGCAUUGGAAACAGGCAUUCCAGGAUACCCCAUUCCACAGGUCCAGGCUCGGGAGCCAGAAAUCGGGUCAAAGGCCCCGAGGGAAGCCAGUUGGAGUCCCUCAAAUUGGAAUCUGGAAGAAUGGCUUCAAUGAGACUUCAUGGCAGUCUGAUUCCAGCUGGGAAUUUUUGCAUGCAAAUCAUAACAAGGGAUACCAAGGAUCAGAGAGUGAGGAUGAUGAAGAUGCCAAGGGAUUUGCUCUUUAUGCUCAGUGCCGUAGUUUGGACACUUCAACUGCAGGUGCACAGAAUGUAAAACCUACUGUUGAUGACCUCAUCUUGGAACGAUAUCCAGACCUGAAGCUAGAAGAUGUGCAGGUGAAAUCCAGCAGCUCCUGUCAUGUGUCUGAUUAUGACAAUGUUGGUGGGAAGGACCUUUGCUUCAACAAUAAGGAAAAUCCCUACUACAAUCCAUCAAGUCUGAGUGAUGAUGGAACAGCAACUGAGUUCUCAGAGCCAUGGGACAGUUCAAAGUGGGAGCCAUUCCUUCACUUCUUUCAGGGCAAGGGGGAGCAAAAUAACAAUGCCCUACCUCCACAGUCCCUUGAAUCUCACAAUCCUGACAUCAUUGAGCAGCUACCUGGUUAUGAGAAGAUGAACCCCAAGUUCUGGAAGAAGGAUGCAAACAAGAACAAAAGCAAGAAUGCAUCUGGUUUUACAUCUCGGAGCAUUGUAGAGGUGACUGGGAGGGCCCUUAUUGAUGACAAUUCUUCUUUGAUGGACAGCAUUCCCAAGCAGAGCAGCAGGCAUGGAAGGGAGCAAUUGUUAUGUGCACCAAGGCUUCAGACACUGAAACGAAACCAUAGUCAUACUGAGGCAGGACAGGUGAUCAGAGACUAUGUGAUGGCACUACAUGCUGAGGGAACUAACACCUUUGCCAAGAGUGUUGACCACUUCAUCCAGUGCACCAAGGAGGGGGCAGAAAGUGAUCCGUUCAUCAUCAUGAGGAAUGUCCGCCAGUUUAUGUCAGGAAUCAAAAACUAUCUGGUGAAGCAUGGAGAAGGAGACUUCAUGUCUGUAGUUGAGAAGGAAAGGAAUAAGCUGAAAGAAACUGAAUUCCUUAAUCUGGAUGCCAUCCUGGAAAGUAGCAUGCACACAUUGGUCCUGGCUCCUCUAAGAGAGCAUAUCUAUUCUGUCCUCUUGUCGGAGUUCUAUAGAAGUGGAGCAUUACAUCAGCUGGCCCAAAGUGUCAGGAAGGCCCGAUCUUCCCCUGGAAUUGGAAUUCAGGUGACAAGGGUACCUAAUCCCAUGUCUGUGAGUGUGGUGAGGCAUUUCCUGCUUCGCAUGGAGCAGGUCUCAUCUCCUCUUCUGAAGCUGGAGAAUCUCUUGUCAGCAACAACUGCACUCUUCAUGGCAGCAAAAGGCGAAGCUGGGCGACGCAGUGGCGGUCUUUCUAUGAAUGCAGAUGACUUCCUUCCACUUCUCAUGUACACCAUUGUGGAAUGUGGAAUCCUGGGCUUGGAAGUUGAAAUUGAAUACAUGUGGGCCCUCAUUCACCCUAGCCUUCAUGCUGGGGAGGGUGGUUAUUAUUUGGCACUAUGGUCUGGUGCAGUCUAUGUCCUCAAGAAUUUAGCAACUCCCUCUGCUUCCUCUCUCAAUUCCAUCUCCUCCUUAUCUUCACCUAGUCAGGAAACGAGAGGGAAGAGCCCUGGUUCUCAGGGCAGCAGCUUCUCUGAUGGUCAGGGUUUCCUUCGAAUCCUCAUUCCGGAUGAGGACCAAGGGAGCAUCCUGUCUCGCACCCUCCCAGCUCGGCCUGGCAUGACUACCCGAGAUGUCAGCAAGAUGGUCGCUCACAAGCUCCAUAUCACCAAUCCUCAGGACUUUGCUCUCUACAAGCUGACAGAUGAUGAAGAGGUGAUGCUGAACGACUCAGACUGUCCUCAAGCCAUUAAAGCAGAAGUGAUAGCAUCAGGGAGGAAGUGCUCGUUUGUCUUCAAGCGGAUCGAAGCGAAGAUUGCAUGGCCCAAGAUGACCCCACCUUCGUGAUCUGCCACCUCAUUUUUCCUCUAGUCAGAAUGUGAUCACACCAAAAUAAUAUUGACAUUCUCUAUCUCUGUCUCCAUUCGCCUAUUGCCAUUUCUGCUGUUCAAUUCAGUGAUUGUUUUUCCAAUAAAAGUGCUCUUUUUUAAA